CUCAGGGAGGAACAUUUUGUGCUUCUAAAACAGGAAUUGGAAACCGUGAUGCUUUAGCCCAUGUGCUGUUCUUCUACACAGAGCGUUUCAUCCGUUUAUUUCAAUCAAGUGAAACAAAACAACAGCUCAUUAUGCUGGACGUGAGUUAGCUUGUUAGCCAUACUAAGCCAGUUUACGACAGAGACUCAGCUGUUUGGAUCUGGGGCUAUUUUUUAAUUAUUAUUAUUAUUAAUAUUAUUUAAUAAGCCUUUACUUUGCUGUGGAUUGACGUUAUUAUACAAACCCGGACGUGAGCUGACAUCUAAAAAUGGAUCCGUUUGAUAAUGACAGAUCUACGCUUCCUCGGAACAUGAUAGAAAACAGCAUGUUUGAGGAGGAACCUGACGUUGUGGAUCUAGCGAAGGACUCGCCAUCCUACCCCAUCGAUUCGGAUGACGUUGUUUAUGAGCCACGCAGCUCCAGGCUGCUGGUACGUGGCCUUGGUGAGAAUGAGCUGGAAGAAGAUGAGGAGGACUACGAGUCUUCAGCUAGACUCCUGGGCAUGUCCUUCAUGAACCGCAGUUCCAGCAGCCAGCGCAAAGCCGCAGCCUCCUACAGCCGGCAGCAUACAUCCGGGUUAUGCUCGAUGCCAUCUGUGAAGACCAUGAUUGUGGGAGUCUUACUCCUGGUCUUCAUUGUCUCACUGGUCACGGUCAUCUACUUCAUACCUAAAUGCACUUUUUCCAAAGAAGGCUGCCACAAGGCCAGCGCUCCCAUGGAAGUCAUUUAUCCAAUUUCCAAAAGUGGUGACCUCUUUCCGUGGACUGCCCUGAGGCUUCCAAACAGUGUGCAUCCUGUUGACUACGAGAUCUCGCUCCAUCCCAACCUGAGCACCAUGAGUUUCACUGGGAGUGUAGCCAUCACUGUGGUGGUCCUUCAAGAGACCAAGAAGGUGGUUUUGCACAGCUCUGGCUUAAAAAUACAGAAUGUCACUUUCCAAGGCAAAGAGGUGAAGCUCUUGGAGUAUGAGCCUUGGCAGCAGAUUGCUAUCAAGUUCUCAGAGGAACUUAAAAAGGGACAAAAGUAUGUGCUAAAUAUGAAUUAUUCAGCAAACCUCUCCAGCAGCUUUGAUGGCUUUUAUAACAGCUCUUACACUGACACGAAUGGAUAUAGAAGAGUUUUGGCUGCUACUCAGUUUGAACCCCUGGCUGCCCGUAAAGCUUUUCCCUGUUUUGAUGAACCUGCUUUUAAGGCCACAUUUCUAAUUAAGAUAAAGAGAGAAGUGGAGUACAUCAGCCUUUCUAACAUGCCUUUGGCCGAAACGAACGCGCUGCCAGAUGGGCUUUUCGAGGAUGUGUUUCAGAAGAGUGUCAGUAUGAGCACCUACCUGGUUGCAUUUAUUGUGGCCAACUUCACCAGUGUCAGUAGAAAUGUCUCUAACACUCAGGUCUCUGUAUAUGCAGUUCCAGAUAAAAAAGACCAAGUUGGUUAUGCUCUGGAUACAGCCGCCAGACUGCUGCAGUUCUACAGUAGUUUCUUUGAAAUCGAGUAUCCGUUGCACAAAUUAGACUUGGUGGGCAUUCCAGACUUCAUGGCUGGAGCAAUGGAGAACUGGGGUCUCAUCACAUUUCGGGAGACGAUGCUGCUCGUGGGUAAUCAUUCCUCCCCCAUGGAUAAACAACUAGUGUCCUCUGUCAUUGCCCAUGAGCUUGCACAUCAGUGGUUCGGGAACCUGGUCACCAUGCGCUGGUGGAAUGAUCUCUGGCUGAAUGAAGGAUUUGCAACAUACAUGCAGUAUUUGUCCAUUGAGAAAGACUUCCCCAAUCUUGACAUCGACAACGAUUUCCUGAAUGUACGCUUCAGAGCCCUGGAAAAAGACGCAAUGAAUUCGUCCCAUCCUGUAUCUGCUAACGUAACCGCUCCAGAGGAAGUGGAAGAGAUGUUUGACUCCGUGUCCUACGAGAAGGGCGCCUCUCUUUUACUCAUGCUCAAUACAACACUCGGCGAAGGAGUGUUCAAGAAAGGAGUGAUCGAGUAUCUGAAAAAGUACAAAUUCAGCAACACUGUGAAGGAAGAUCUGUGGAAAAGCCUUUCACAGGUCACAAAACCGUCCAUAGAUGUGGCAGAGAUGAUGAACACCUGGACUGUACAGAAAGGUUUUCCUCUGAUCACCGUGAACUGGACAGGCGACCAAGUGAUAGUAACACAAGAGCAUUUCCUCCUAAAUGCUGCCAACAUCACAGAUCACAGCAACUUGUGGCAUGUCCCACUGACGUACAUCAAUAACACUUGUACCAGCUCCAUCUCCUGCAAGCAAUUGAUUCAUUUGAAGGACAAAACGGCCACCUUUAAGCUUCCAGGUAGUGUGAAGUGGCUGAAGUUUAACUACCAGAGUGAAGGAUUCUAUGUAGUAGACUACAGCAGUGAAGGCUGGAGUGCACUCAUCACAGCCUUGAAGGAAAACGUCAAUGUUCUUCCACCGGAAGACCGAGCGUCUCUCAUUAAUAAUAUCUUUGCUCUGUCAAGAUUAGGAAAGGUGUCCUUCAGACAAGUGCUAACCCUCCUGGAGUAUUUAAAGAACGAAACAGAAACGGCGCCGGUGACUGAAGCCCUGACGCAGCUUGGCUCCAUCUACAGGCUACUCGAGAAAAGGUCCGAUUUAAAUCUAGUGGCCAGGAUGAAGACAUACAUUUUUGAUCAUUUUGGCAAUCUGAUGGACAACCAGUCAUGGGGAGAGGAGAGCUCUGUGUCGAAAGUGAGUCUGAGGUCGGUCCUGCUGGAGACAGCCUGUGCCCUCAGCAGACCAACAUGCACCAAGAAGGCCAAAGAGCUCUUUGAUCAGUGGAAAUCCUUAAAUAAGACGGUUCCUGGAGACCUCCUGAGAGUAGUUCUGUCUGUAGCAGCCCAAAACGAUGAAGAUUGGAACACAUUAUAUGAGUCGUAUAUGCACUCCAUCUAUGACUCAGAGAAACGCAAAACACUGGAGGCUUUGUCUAGCACUCAGGAUAUGCGCAAAAUUGCAUGGAUCUUAAAAGCAGGUCUUACCGGAAGUCCGAUCCAGACUCCUGAACUUCCUCUGGUGAUUAACAGAGUAAGCAGACAUUUUGCAGGUUACCUGUAUGCUUGGGAUUUUGUGAAGGAGAACUGGCAUAAACUCACAGAAAUAUUUCCUAUUGGCAGUUUCCCGUUGCAAAACAUAAUCAUGUCUACAACCAGCCAUUUCUCUACAAAGACGCACCUUGAGGAGGUUCAAAGGUUUUUCAGCUCUUUAAAGGAGAGAGGAUCUCAGAUGAGGAGCGUUCAGGAGGCUGUGGAGAACAUUCAGCGGAACAUCUUCUGGAUGAAGAAGAACGUGGACACACUCAGGGAGUGGCUGUAGGCUCAGAGGGCCGACGUCCUAACACACCAACACACACACACACACACACACACACACCCUCAGGUGACGAGGCCGAGCACUUGUGAGUGAUGUUACAGCGAUCACAGCCAGACUCCUGUGUGUGCAGAGAUGUGUCAGAGAUCACUUUUUUCCUUACUUAUUAUACAGCUGUUUUUAUCUUAUCUUUUUUUAUGCUUACUGAGAUAAGUUCUCCUCGUUUUCCAUGGGAAUUCAGAGGUGCUAAAAUCUACCAUUUAGCUGUAGCAUUCAGAUUUCUAGAUUUGGUCAGACCAAAUACAUAGAAAGUUCAGAUGGUAGAAAAGAGCAAAAAAUUAAAGCCAGAUAUGAAACUUUGCUUUCUUUGGCAGAUAUAUAAAAAGCCUUAAAAAAAAUCUCUUACCAAUAUAGUCACUUUAAUAGGAACAUUUUAUGCAGUUAAUCAGCCAAUCAUGUGGCAGUAGUAUAAUGCAAAACAUCCUCCAGAUUCAGGUCAAAAGAACCAUCAGAAUGAGGAGAUUUGACCUCUGUGACUUUAACAGUGGCAUGGAUUUUGGUACCAGAACAGCUGGUUUGAAUAUUCCAGCAAGUGAGAGAACACUUGACUGACAGGAGUGGAACAUGAUGCGGUCUUCUGCAUUUGUAGCCCACUCACCUCAAGAUUUGAUGGUUUGUGCAUGCAGAGAGAACAUUACCUGAAGCUCUUGACUUGAAUCUGCAUGACUUUAUACAUGACUUUGUGCUGCUGCCACAUGAUUGGAUGAUUGGAUCGGUGAGUGUAUGUUAGAGAUUCUUUUUACGUUUUCCUUAAAUAUUCAGUUUGUUUGCUAGGAUUUCUUGGCACCUCUGGAAAACAAAGGUUAAGGAAAGUUUAUGAUAAUCAUAUUGUAAAUAACAGCACAUUGAUUUCUUUUCUGUUGUUUAUGGGCUUCCUGUUAAGUGUGUAAUGUUUCAGGCACGUGUUCCUCCGUCAUGUAUUUGUUGAUGCUUCAGGUCAUGCAGGGAAACUCUGGUGACCGUGUUUUUGUUUGUUUGGUUUUUUGGGGGGGUUUAAUUUGGCCUGUCUCUGCACGCAUGCUGCUGUGGCCUGUGACUGUUUGCACUAUUGGGAAUUCCAGCUUGCUCAGGGUUACUUCAGGUCAUGAACGAUGGCGCAUGAUGGCUACAGACCAAUCUACUCAGUAGUGGGUUUUCAACAUGCCUUUCGCAUACGUUUGCCAAAAAAACAGUCAUUUAAAGAGAAUAUGACUUCCAACUCUGAGAUCAUGCAAAAGGGGAAGCAUCUCACUAGAACUCAAAGGAAUUUGUUACCGAGAUGGUUUAUCUGUCUGGAUGUGUGCAGACAAUCAGUCUUGAAGGUAUUUGCAGAAUUAUUAUUAUUUUUUUUUUUUAAAGUUGAAUGGAAUUUGCAGUGCUUGUAGCUGGCACUGUGUAAAUACUCUCUUGCCUUAGCAGCUUUCCUCAUAAGCCUUAUUCUUUCUUUGUUUGAUUGAAGUAUUGAUUUUAUUGUCCUUUUUUUAUUUCUUUUAUUUUUUAGAUUUUAUGCAGUCUUGCACAUGAAGUCAGAGGCUGUUAUUUGACAUGACAGAUUAAGUGUGGAUAGAGUUUCUUUUUGUAUAUUUGAGUUUUGCUAUGCACAUAUGGAAUGAAGCUUGUAUUUAAAAAAAAAAUAAUAAUAUUAAUAAUAUUUUCACACAUCAGGAGUAAGCACACAGGAGUCAUUGAAUCAUUUGUUUCAGCUGCAAAUUCACUGUACAUGUCCUAAAGGUUGUAAAACUCAGUUUUGGGAAUAUUUGGUGUCAUUUUCAUCAACAACGUAAUUUAGACAAAAUACUGUACAGUAUGUAAGUAGCGAUCAGAUACGCUGUUGUCACUUUGCGUUGGCAGCAUCUUUAGAUGCCAUUUGCAUUUGAUUUAUUUAGGGUUUUGCACUCAUUUAUCCUACUGGUGAUGAUAGUCUCCUCCCCUUUAACUGUGACACGUACAAAAAGCUUCUGCAGACUGAUGAAAUCUUGGCUGGAACAAAGACCCGCAGAUUCACCAGCCCUUUAAGAGAUAUCUCCAUAGGUCAAGAUUCUUAAAAAGGUUGACAAUGGAGGAUGAGCCUGAAAUUCUGUCCCUUCUCCUUCGCAAACCUGAUCAAACGUCCCAGCAUUUAUUUCUAUCCCUGGCAAAAAGAGACCAGCAGUUGAAGCUGCUAUUUGCUCUCCUGAUAUAACUCUCUGACUUUAUUUUUCAUCAUGAUGAUGUAUAACAGUUUGGGACACAUCACCGGAUAUUCGAUUAUUACCCCCAAAAGUACAAAUGUUUAAAAUGUUAACAGGAUUUAAAAUUUGAACAGUGUUCAUUCCAUCUAUUAUUGGUACUCAAGACCUGAAAUCAUAGCUGCAUAGUUAAUAUGCAGAGGUCAUAUAGAAUAGUUUUAUAUUAUAUAAUGAAAUGAUAUAUUAUUAGUUUUUUAUUGGCCAUCUGUUUGAGGACAUCUAGUUUUAAUUUCAUAUUAAUCCAUUAUUUUCAAGUAUCUAAUGCAAGAAGUAAUUAUAAUAACAUUUAUUAUUAUUAUUAUUAUUAUUAUUAUUAUUAUUAUUAUUAUUAUUGUGUGCUAUUAUUGAGUGCCCCAGAUUUUGUUUUUAAUUUUAAUUUUAGUUCCUCACUAUUUAAUAAUAAAUAUGGAAAAUAAUUAAUAUUCUUAACGAGAUGGGGCAGUUUACAUGGGGCAGUUUAUGUGAGGUCUGAUUUUUGCUGUAUUCUAGUUCUCUUGCCACUUUUGAGAGGCUUCUCACUGAAUGUAUUAGCAUUGUGACUUUGCAGUGCUGGGCUUUGAAUACUUAUCUGGUGCAUUUUCUAGGUACAGUUACAUUCUACGCUACAUUCUAUGCCAAGAAAAGGAAUACUGUUAGUUAUACAGGAUUUUAAUCAUUAGGAGUAUUUUUGUUCUAUGAAUGUUUUUUUCUGUUUUUGAUUUCAGCAGACAUGAAGGCUUGAGCUCAUCAGCACUGAGGUAGAGGCCAGUUUUUUCAACUGCAGCUUCAAAAUGUAUUUCAUUCAGAAAUAUAGUGAUGAAGUUUAGAUAUUUUGGACACUUACGCUGACCUCAUAUGGAUAUUAGCCUGUAGUAAUGCUGCAUCCUUUAAAAACAGGAACUGAAUUCAAGUAAAGAAGAAGGCACAAGUUACUGUGACUAUUGACAUCACUUUUGUUUAGCCCUAAACAAGGGACUGUGGUGAACAAUGAUAGGGAAAAAAAUCUACACUCCUUCUACACUGUUAAAAUGGCAGGUUUUUUUUUGUGAGGAAAGAUAAAUCGUCAGAAUUUUUGCCAUCAAUGUGAAAUAUUAAGUGAAAUAUUAGAGAAAAAUGACGAUUAACUAUCAAAUAUAUCAGGUAAAAUGAAUAGCUAGAAAUAUCAGUUGAUUUUAGUGCAAAUAAAAUAAACUAAAGAGGUAAAGGAAUUUUCCCCCAUUUUGUAUUAUAAUUAAUCUCUAAAUUUAAUUUCCUUCUUUCUUUAGAUUUAAGGACAUUGAAGGUGAGAGAAAUUCUGUCUUUUCUGAUUUAUCCUGGAUUUUCUUUUUCUUUUCACAUGACCAAAAGCUGCCAUUUUAAGAGACAUGUUUUGAUGUUUUAUAUUCAUUGUAUAUAACUGAUCAAAAUAGUCACUGUUACAGAUUUAAUUAUACAUUUACUCACUCAUUUUUUUUUUGUGUCAUUUUUGCAUAUGCAUCUGUCAUUGCAGUGUUCUAAUGAACAUGAAUAUUCUGUCUGUGUCUUUCAUUGCAUACAGUCUUGUCUUCUGUCAGCGUCCUUCCCAUAUAUUUUAUGCAAAAUCUUUACACUGGAUUUGCUCACGUGUGAUUCAGAAGUAUGUACAAUAAACUCUUACUGUUGACUUUAUUAGGAAUACCUCUACAUGUGCUUAUUUAUGCACUUAUCCAGUCAGCCAAUCAGGUGCCUGCAGCACAAGCCAUAAAGUCAUGCAGAUACAGUCAAGAGCUUCUGUAAAUAUUCGCAUCCAACAUCAGAAUGGGGAAUUGAGUAUCAAACCAACUGGAUAAAUUGUUAAAGUUACGAAGAUCACACAUUUUUCCUGUUCUGAUAGUUGAUGUGAAAUUUGUAAUUUUUUUUCUGCUGCUGUUACAUGAUUGGUAGAUUGGAUACCUGCACAAAUCAUCUGAUGUAGAGUUGUUCCUUUUAAUGUGGACACUGAUUGUAUAUACACACAGAAUAUAAUGUCUUUAUCAAAAGGAAAUAACAAAUAAAAUUUUCUUUUAAAGUA